AUGCUUGUUCUUUACGAGACUGCUGCUGGUUAUGCUUUAUUCAAGCUUGUUGAUGAUGGCAAGAUGGAAAAGCCUGAAGAGAUCUACAAGGAUUUCGAGUCUGUUGAAAAGGCCAACCAAGCUGUCAAGUUGAAGGCUUUCAAGAAGUUUGAAAACACUACUGAUGCCUUGUCUGCCGUCACUGGUAUUGUUGAAGGCAAGAUGCCCAAGAACUUGAAAAAAUUUUUGGAAACCGAGAUUUCCGAAAAGGAGAUGAAGAAGGAAAAGUUGGUCAUUAGUGAUCCCAAGCUUGGUUCUUCCAUCAACAAGAAGUUGGGCAUCAACGUCUUGUCCGAUUCCACCGUUCAAGAUCUUUACAGAGGCAUUCGUCAACAAUUUGAAUCUCUUGUUUCCGGUCUCUCUCAAUCCGAUCUCUCUGCCAUGUCCCUUGGUCUUUCUCACUCUCUCUCUCGUUAUAAGCUCAAGUUCUCUCCUGAUAAGGUCGAUACCAUGAUUGUUCAAGCUAUUGCUCUUUUGGAUGAUCUCGAUAAGGAACUCAACACUUACGCUAUGCGUGUCAAGGAAUGGUAUGGCUGGCAUUUCCCUGAAAUGACCAAGAUCAUUGUCGAUAACCUCGCCUAUGCCAAGGUUGUCAAGGCUAUGGGUUUCCGUACCAAUGCUCAUGCCAUUGAUAUGGCUGAUAUCCUCCCCGAAGAACUCGAAACUGAAGUCAAGGAAGCUGCUGAGAUCUCCAUGGGUACUGAAAUCUCUGAUGAAGAUAUCGACAACAUUUUCGCUCUCUGUGAUCAAGUUAUCAACAUCACUGAAUACAGAACUCAAUUGUACGAAUACUUGAAGAACCGUAUGAACGCCAUUGCUCCCAACUUGACUUCUCUUGUCGGUGAACUCGUCGGUGCUCGUUUGAUUUCUCAUGCCGGUUCUCUCAUGAACCUCUCCAAGCAACCUGCUUCCACUAUCCAAAUUCUUGGUGCUGAAAAGGCCCUUUUCCGUGCCUUGAAGACCAAGCACAACACACCCAAGUAUGGUUUGAUCUACCACGCUUCUUUGGUUGGUCAAGCUGGCCCCAAGAACAAGGCCAAGGUUGCCCGUAUGGUCGCUGCCAAGGCUGCUCUCUCCCUUAGAAUGGAUGCUCUUGGUGAUUCCGAAUCAAAUGAAGUUGGUGUUGAUGGCCGCUUGAAGGUUGAGGCACGUAUCCACAUGCUGGAAGGACGUGUUGUUGCAAAGGCUAACAAGGACGCCACCAUUCAAAACCAAUCCAAGUUCAAAUUGAACAAGACCCAACAAUACAGUGAAGCUGCCGAUUUUGUAAUGACUGAAUCCGCACCUGCCAAGAGAAAGAUCGAAGAGGUUGAAACUGAACAACCAUCUGAGGAGGAGGAAACAAAGGCUGCCAAGAAGGCAAAGAAAGAAAGUAAAAAGGACGGAAAGAAGAAGGAAAAGAAGGAAAAGAAAAAGUCAAAGAAGGAGAAGAAAGACACCGAGUAA